AUUUUGAAUUCUGUGAAGCUACAAUAGCUUCCGCAAAGCUAAGACUAAUAUCGAGAAGCAGUGCUAUGUAUUAGAUUUUCCGGACCGCGACCCAGCUGCGUCUGGCAGGGUCGCCUAGGAUCCCAACGUCAACAUCCGCAUCUCCAUCUCGAUCGAAAAUAAAUAGGGAGCUCUUCCCCCAUCAACCCAUCCGCCGCUUCGUCUUCUUCAUCCAUCCAAUGCCCUGGACCGAGGAAAGCUCAACCCAAUGGCAGGACCAAUUCCCGACUUCUCAUUACCAAACAGCUCUUUCUUUAAUAUUUAUAAUGACGCGACAGUGAUACCCGGUUCGAACUCAACGAAUCUUCCCAACGGACAAUGCAAUUUCGUGGACUUAUCUCAUGGCGCCUCAGGACCUAAGUGCGGAUGUCGUCGUUUCUGGAGUCGCGGCGCGUUGUUAACCAGGACGGAUAGAAGGAGUUCGGCAGGAAUUUCUCCCGGAUAUGCCAAUGGAUUCUCCAAUGGAAAUACCGGCGGCCUAGCUGAUGAUGCUGCUUGGUGUAUGUGUUCUCAUCAUGCUUGUUUCCAUGAUGAUGUCCGCGACACCCAACCUCAUCUUGCUAUCGCCGCCAAUAACGAUGUCGUAAAUAAUGGCCAGGAAAAUGAACGGCCAAGAGCUAGCAGGGAACCUCUCACACCAGUAGUACAGGAGUUGCCCUUCAAAAUGCCUGCGCCAACUGAACAUAACCCGGACUUUCAUACCUUGAAUGAUAUCGCUUCUUUUGUUAACCACCUAGCGGAGCAGGAGUAUGCGCCGCGAGGUGAAGCCGCGACGCCUGCACAGGAAUCCUCCAUUCCUGAUACGUUGAAUUGGACCAACCUCAUACAGUCUAACACGGAUGAAGCAGGCUUGCUUCCCCCAAUUCCGAGCCAGUGUCUGAUGUCUUCUCAACCGAGCUCUACGACAUCAUCCGCUAAGGUGGGAUACCUUCGGCCUUUUGCCGGAAAAGGACUCGGGACACUAAGUGGUGUCAAGUCCAAGUUACGCGAGCCACUGGAACUGGAUGACGAAGUGCCACAGGAGGAUGAUACCGUUACCCCAAGUAUGGACCAAUCCAUGGAUGAUGGACAGACCAUCGCAAAUACGCCAAGGUCUACCGGACGUGGAGAUGCAGCCGCGAGGCGAAGCCUAUCUCCGUCAAGACACCAUCAAGAGGAGCUUAGGCAACUAUCUGAUACUGUUCAGGGCCACGAGCAGCGCUUAGAUCGACUAGAAAACCCAUCCAUCUCAGCCGCUGGCCAUGAUGUGUGCGAUGAGAGACAUGAACACGGCGACAUGAGAAUUACCGAGCUCGAGUCGCGUGUUGAAGAAGUCGAGAAGAUGAUUAACGACAGCAGCAGCCAAAUUUCGACCCGUCUCCGACACCCAGGCAUAAACGAAUCUAUGGGUAGUGUGGCAUCGGUUUCCACCGUAGGAAGCGAAUGCAUAGCAAGCCGCGCAGAGCUAUACAGCCAACUUCAAGCUUUAAAGUCUCAAUUAAGUCAACUACAAGGCCUUUCUUCAUUCCCUUCCUAUACCCGCCCGUGGGAUAUUGAAGUCGUCUUUCUACCCUUCCCUCUUAAGAACGUGUGGGUAGAGUCCCACGACUUUGCGAGCCAACCCCUUUCAAACGGCAUCAGUGGUGAACCCGAUCCGUGGACACAGCUGCCUAGCAGCUAUUCCACCUUCGACCCUCAUUCGCCUGAUUUCAGCGAUUGGGCCGGGCCUGAAUCGGAGUCCGAAUGGCUUCUCGCUCGGGCCUGUGCGCCUAACCGCACCAUUGAGCAGCGGCUUAGAAGUCGGGGUCUUGUUAAAAACGUGACCGUCCGUAGUCCAGACGCUCGAUGUGUCCACCAAGCCAUUUCUGACGCAUUCGGACCCCUGUUCAGAACUUUCUCCCGUAUGCAAGCGAACGUUCAUCACGGCUCGACCCAGCAUCACCGUGUGACCAAAUUCCUUGGUCUCCAGUCCCCAUGGGUACCCCUACGCAAAAUCCAUAAAGACGCAAAGCUUCGCUUUCUAUCACCGCCUGAGAUGGUGACGCCAGUAACAUGGGAUGUCCCAUUCCUGCGUUCAAGCGUAGUCAUGAAGGCAACCGGUGUUCAGCGCCUCUUUAUCACUCACCCCGAGGCGUACUUGCAGGAUCAAGGGGCGUAUGAUAAUGGGUGGAAUUGGCAACGCCUUCGCGAACUUAGCCGAGUCUACGCAGAUUCACAAAGCCAACACACCCAAGAGGUCCCUGAAGCAGAUGCCAUGGAAGACUGUUGGGCAUGGAACGACACCCUCGACGAGCAUCCCGCAAGCGCUGUUAGCUCUCAAUCCCUGAGCCUUCGACAAGCAGCACAACGUAACUUGCGGGCAACAUCAAUGUCUCCAGCCCGCAGACUUCUCACUAGCAUGACGGGCGCUUCGCCUCCUCUUGGGACUGCGCGUUCUGCUUCCCGCGCCAAAACUCCUACCGUACUUAAAGAACGCAAAGCCUCCAAGCCACCUCAUAUUCGCACCAAUUCUUUACCCCCGGUUGCGCAGUCUUUCCUGUCGCCAGCACUAAUACCAUCAAAACGUCGAGUUACGUCAUACGUUCAUCAAACUGAACGACGAUCCUCGCCGCAAGUUCGGGUUGCCUCUUCGAUCGCACAUGUCGCAGCCAUUGUGAAACGUCGCAGUACCCGUUCGCCUUCCGCCCGACCACGAAAUACACCACGAUGGAGUACAGGGUCACCCAGCCCGAUGCCCGAAAACUAUGCCAAUCGCGCUACGACUCCGUUCUACGCUACGCCGUAUAGCAACGCCCCCGUCUUCGAAACACGGCCUGGUCGUGGUGUAGUUAUCGUUGAUGAUGGUGAGAGCGGUAGUGGCACCGACCAGGACGGCCAAGGAAAUGAAUACAUGGACGAAGACGAAGACUCAGAGAAUAACGAUAGUCCUAUGCUCGACUUCACCCAUGCAGAAGGCACACAGGAGUCCUGGCAAGAUGGGCAACUGCCCGGUCCAGAAGACGAGCCGUGGCCGGGUAUUGAAGAUGCGGAGAACCGCGAUCCAGACGAGACGAUCGAUAUCCACGUCGACGAUGACGCCAUGAGCGGCGCCGAAGACUUCGAAAACAGGAGUCAGAGGUCGAGCGUCCCAAGCGAGUAUCCGAGCACCCACCGCGCAUGGACAGGUGCCGAGGAGGCCUUCCGAGUCUAUGAAGAUAGCGAUCCUCCGAGUAAACAUUUAGGCGUUGGGAAAUGAUGUUAGAUUGUUGCAUUUUAGAUUUUCACGGUUUGGCACUGGCAUAUCAUGAUGUACGAGGCGAAAUCUAGUGGAGUUUGCUGAUGACGACGACACGGGGCACUGGCGUUCGGGGGUCAUAUUGUUACCAUAUACCGUUGCUAUUUAAUUGUGUCUGACAUUUUCUUGGUUAUACGGGUCGGAGAUAUCUUGUCGUCAUAU